AAUCUCACGGUUUCCAAUCCGUCGGUGACGUCCCUCUUCAUGACUCCCCAUCAAACAUUCACGCGCCUUCCGACCUAACCCUAAUUUCUCCGCCAUUCUAUUCCCGAUUUAUCACAGUUAGCUCCCUCAAACGAUCUCUUCUACUUGUCCGAGUUGCUUCUGGUGAUACCAAACUGGCUCAACAACUAUACCGAUCGAUCCGUAAGGGAUAUUGUGGGAUAUGGAUAUAAUCGAAUCCAUCCUCAACAUACCUGUGCAAGACCCACCAGAAGAGGAGUUCUCGUCUGCUGACUUGAGUUGGUCCAAGUUUGGAACUGCUGAUCGUCAUGAUAAUGUUGCCCUUAUUCCUUAUGCAAGGGUUGAUGCAUUCAUAAUUGGGGAGUGCUCUAAUGUAGAAUGCCCAACGCGGUUCCACAUUGAGAGGGGAAGAAAACGAUCCAAAGGCAGCCUAAAAGAGUACAAGAGCGACGAAUAUUUGGAGUAUAGGCUGUAUUGGUGUUCCUUUGGUCCUGAAAAUUAUGGAGAAGGAGGAGGGAUAUUGCCAAGCAGAAGAUAUAGACUCAAUACCCGAAACCGUGCUGCUAGACCUCAAUCUAUGAGGGGGUGCACGUGUCAUUUUGUAGUGAAGCGCUUGUAUGCGCGUCCGUCACUUGCACUUCUUAUAUACAAUGAUAGGCGCCAUGUAAACAAGUCUGGUUUUGUGUGUCAUGGGCCACUUGAUGGAGACGCGAUUGGACCUGGUGCCAAGAAAGUUCCAUACUUAUGUAAUGAAAUCCAACAGCAAACUAUGUCAAUGAUUUACCUUGGAAUCCCCGAGGAAAAUGUGUUGGAGAAGCACAUCGAGGGGUUGCAACGCUAUGGUGAUUCAAAUGCAACCGUAAAUAGCCUUGCUUCACAGUAUGUCCAUAAACUUGGGAUGAUUAUCAAACGUUCUACCCAUGAGUUAGACCUAGAUGAUCAAGCAAGCAUUAGAAUGUGGGUUGAACGCAAUAAAAAAUCCAUAUUCUUUUAUCAGGAUACUUCAGAAACGAAUCCUUUCGUUCUGGGUAUUCAAACCGAAUGGCAGUUGCAGCAAAUGAUCCGUUUUGGCCAUCGCAGUCUUGUUGCAGCAGAUUCGACUUUUGGAAUAAAGAGACUUAAGUACCCAUUGUGCACUCUUCUUGUGUUUGAUUCAAGACAGCAUGCAUUACCUGUUGCUUGGGUCAUUACUCGUAGCAUUGCUAAGCCUGAUGUCUCAAAAUGGAUGAAAGCUUUACUUAAUCGUGUUCGGGCUGUUGACCCUGGAUGGAGGAUCAAUGGAUUUUUAAUUGAUGAUGCAGCAGCAGAGACUGACCCCAUAAGGGAUACAUUUUCUUGUCCUAUCCUUUUUUCACUCUGGCGUGUUCGUAGAUCAUGGCUGCGGAACAUUGUCAAGAGAUGCAGUAACAUUGAAGUUCAGCGAGAGAUUUUUAAACGCCUUGGGAAAAUAGUAUAUAGCAUUUGGGACGGUGUUGAUUAUUCAGUUGCCUUAGAGGAGUUAAACCAAGAUUUUGUUGAUCAAACUUCCUUUGUCCAGUAUUUCAAUGCCUCUUGGGUGCCUAAGAUUGAAAUGUGGCUUACGUCAAUGAGAAACCUUCCUAUUGCAAGCCAGGAGGCAUCUGGGGCCAUAGAAGCAUACCAUGUGAAGCUGAAAGUUAAACUCUACGAUGAUUCACAUCUUGGUGCCCUCCAGAGAGUAGAUUGGUUAGUGCACAAGCUGAUGACCGAGUUGCACUCAAGCUAUUGGCUUGACCGAUAUGCGGACGAAAGUGAUUCCUUUCAGAAUGUUAAGGAAGAAUAUAUUGCUUCCACCUCGUGGCACAGGGCACUGCAAAUUCCUGAUUGUGAUGUUACCUUGGAUGAUAAGGACCACCUCUUUGCCAAAGUUGUGAGCCAAAAAGACAGCAGCUUGACACAUCUAGUUUGGAAUCCUGGAUCAGAAUUUGCCUUUUGUGAUUGUUCUUGGUCGAUUCAGGGAAAUCUCUGCAAGCAUGUCGUGAAGGUCAAUAUAUUUUGCGAAAAUCGGCAAGAAUUUCAACCGUCCAUGUCAUAUCAGUCAUUUAAGGAGAUAUUAACGAACUUAUGGAGAAAACCAACUGAAGAUUCGAUUUCUCUGGAUCUGUCAAUGGCCUGGACUCAGCAGAUUCUUGAGCAAAUUCAGAAACUUGUUGAACUGAACAGUUCCAAUGACAUUGGAUGUGUCGUAAAUAAUAUGCCUCUGAAAUGGAUUGCUAAAAGAGGUAGAACAUCCGUUGGCAAGCCUCCUUCUGCUUUGCCAUCUAGCUCGAAGAGCAAUGCUAUUGUGCCUAAAAGGAAUAGGAAGCGGAAGAGAUUGUCAAGGUUGAGAUGACUAUUAGAGUAUCGCUGUGAUUCUGUAGAGGGAGAUAUUGCUAUUCAUCAAUUUUGAAAGUUUUGAUCAACCAACAGGUAUGUCGUAUGCGAACACAACAUAUGUUUAUUUAUGGACCAAGUUAAAUGAAGCAUCGAUGUACGACAAGCUUGUUUUUUCUUGCUCAUUCACUGCAAAAUUGAACGGAGAAAACUACUCUGAGUAGAGGAUCUCGUUUACUUGAGAUGGCUUUGAGGUAGUAGUAGUUAAGACUUGCAUUGGGUUCAUUUAUCAUUUCUCGAUUAUUGUGCCCCUGGGUUGCCUAGGGCCCAUCUUUUGGUUUUCUGCACUUUUUAACGCCUAGGCAUCAAUUUGUACAAAGUUUUUGUUAGUAAUGGAAUGAGAAUUUGUUGACAGGCUUAGGAUUCUAUUCAUGUUUCAUAGUGUAGAAUCAUCAAUAACUUGUACAGACUGCAGACUAGCUUAUUCAAGUGAAUGUUCAGAAUUUAUUGGUUCAUAAAUAAUUGUUUACACAAAUGAUUGGUGG